ACUGAUCUCCACAUUAUACUGAGAGACCUAUUUUAUGCUCAGAAUAGUUUGUGUCAUAAUGAAAUUCAAUUCAAUUCAAAGACUGUGUUUGAAGCUAUUUUACCGCGGACUCUUCAUCGAGGGAGACACAAAAUGACACGCAUUUCGUUUUUCACCUCGUUAAUUUCCCUGGUAAACAUCCUAAACGGUUCAAAAAAUUUCCUAUCGUUUCCAGACUUCAAAUUGCGUAAUUACGCAGAAAAAAUUGUCGGGGGAAGACUCAAUGGAAGCACUGUCAAACAGCUGAAUGUGUCAUCAGAAAUGUCUUGCCAAAUUGAAUGUGUGGCAGAUAAGCGUUGUUUAUCGUACAACUUAAUUCCGAUUACAGGCAUGGAUGUAUUAAUCUGUGAGCUCAGUGACUCUGAUAGAUUUGUUGGGUAUCAGAAUUUUACAAGACAAGUUGGGGGCAUCUACAGAGGAUUAGAGGUAAAAAUAACCGAGAAUCUAAAUUCAAUGUUUAAUAAAUUCUUUCGGGUUUAGAUCUAAUUUUAAUAAGGUAUGCUGGUAGUGAAUCAAAUUCUUGUAAUAUACAACGAAAAACAGUGAAUUAUUGCGAGGCGUUAUAAAGCUCUCUUUAAGGUGGCAUAUUACAUUAUCGCACCUAUAUUAUUUUCGAUUUGUUAUAGCCUAUUCACAUAAAAAAGAAUUUUUCUUGUGCGCAAUAUUGUUAUAAUGGAAUACUUGCCAAUAAAUAUGUAGCUAUUUAUUUUUCAGAGUAUCUGUGAAAGAGAAUCACCGUGUACAAACGAUGAAGUGUGUAUUCCUGAUUAUGAAGAUGACGCUAAGCAUUCCUGCAAAUGUAUAGGUUGGUAAACAAACCAAAAAAUAAAUUAAUGCUUCGCCCCCUGCCGCCCCACAAAAACAAUCGUGACAUAUCAUGGUUCUUGUUUCGCAAACUGUGGUUUACCCUUAAAGACCUUAACUCAAAUGAUGAUCUCUGAGGAGCGAGAAAGUUCCUGUCAGUUCCAAGGCAAAAAUGUUUCCAGAACUCAGUUUAACGGGAUCAAUUUUAUGGAUUAACUGUUGCUCUGAAAGAAAAACCACAAAGAAAUCGGGAUUCGUUAUGUCUAAUGCUAACAAGUCGCCCCACGUAAGGUAAUGCAACGAAUUCUUGGAUUCUGGAUUUCUUAAGCUGUAUGCCGGACUCCACAAGAAAAAAUUCCCGGAUUCCGGGAUCCGAAUUAUGAUACAGGAGGCGAAACAAGUGUUCAGUUUUCCUUUUUGUUAGUCCAAUGACCACACAGCAGUUCAAUAAGUACACAACAGAUCAGUAACCACACCAGUAGUUCAAUCAGAUAGGGAUGUUUAUGGGUGGGGUAUCAUUGUUCUAAAACCCUGUCAUAUAAUCAUCAUCAUCUUCGUUUAAUUAUUUAUUUAUUUAUAUAUCACCUUCAUCAUAUUUAUUUAGUCAUUUAUUUAUUUAUGUCUUUAUUUGGCUUAGCCCAUGAUGUAAAUGGUUAACUAAAGCAGUGAUGUACAUUUUUUUAAUACAUAAUAGUUCGUGUAAUUUAAGUCCAUAUCUUCUUUGGAGUAAGAAAACCGAACUGAUGAGAAAAAGGCCUCACUUGGACACCAGGAUUAGUGUGACGUAAUUCCUUCAAGUUGCGCGCGAAAGUUCACGGCGGCUGCCAGUUAAUAUUUCAAGAAAUUGCGCAUGAUGUGAAAUGACGUAAGCCAUCGAGUGAAGAAAACAUAGUGCGGUCAUCCUACUGGUUUUUUUUUAUUCAAGUUGCAGUGAGUUAGACACAAUUCAAACUUUAUUUCUAACUCGUUUUGGAAAGAAAACUGUUGCUACCGUUCUGAGGCAUCGCCUGAAAUUUUUAUGAUCUCUUAUAUGCACAGACAUUAUCGUAUCGAAAGAUUUUUGAAAUAUGGACAGGAAACAAGCAGCGGCCUUUCAAGUUGGAAACAACCAAAAACGUUGGAAGUUCAGAACUUGCACAGUAAAAAAUGUUUUUUUUUAAACAUGGAUUGAUGGUAGUCGACUCAGGCACGUAGGGCCAGCUGUGGUACCACGGUUUGAAACGUGCGGAAAGAGAGUCAAAAAGAGUUUCAAAACCUUUUUCAACCAGCAUUAGCCCUUAGUCAGAGAGAAUCGUUCGCUUUGACUAGCCUGAGUAUCAGCAGGUGUUCCUAGGAAAAGGGGAAAGAGCUGGGAGAAGCGAAACGUGGAGACAGCGAAGGGAUAGAAAGAAAAAUCUCCUCUCUGCUAACCCCUAGGGCGGGCCUGAUACUCAAGCUACGCUCCGACGGUUGGCUAUAUAUUGUUCGAAAUGUCAGGUUUUCAAUCUGUUUACCAUGGUAAUUGACUGAUUAGUCGUCAAACUGCAUUUAAUCUGUAGUUUUCUUCAGUUGGAUCAACGUAUUGAAGCAAUGAUCUUUCCCGUUGCAAACUCUGAAGCAGAUUUUCGUGAAACAAGCCAUCUCACCUUAACUAUCCCUACCCUUUCUUACUUAAGGACUCAAACAAUGUUUUUCCAAUUCAGAAUGCCCAAGACAUUGUCAAGACCUUUACUUAAAGGGUUCUACGACUGAUGGAGUGUACUUGGUUUACCCUGACAACGGAGAAGCCGUUCAAGUGCUCUGCGACAUGACAACUGAGGGUGGUGGAUGGACAGUCUUUCAAAGACGAAUGGAUGGAUCAGUGGACUUCUACUUGAAAUGGGAAGACUACAGAGUGGGAUUUGGAAAUCUGAACGGGGAGUUCUGGUUAGGGAAUGAUAAUCUUCACCGUCUGACUGCAAAUGCUGAUAUGAUGCUCCGAGUUGAUUUGGAGGAUUACGAUGGUGUACGAAAAUAUGCCGAGUACACGACAUUCUCUGUAGCUAACACAGACGACAACUAUCGACUGACGAUUGACGGAUAUCAGGGCACCGCGGGUGAUUCGAUGGUCGUGUGUCCUAGGCCAGCUAGGUACGUAAUAGCAAAACGUUAAACAAUCACUGUAUUCAGAUAAAGCUAAUUAAAAUAAGGAAGAAUUAUGCAUAUCGAUGGGGGUGGUGGAUGGGGGGGGGGAAGGGAAAGAAAAAAUUAGGCAUAUCGAUAGGGGGGGGGGGGGGUGGGGGGGGGGGGGGGGGGGGGGAAAAGGAUAGGAAAAAUGACGCAGAUGGGUGGGGGGGGGGGUGGGUGUUAAUUCUGCCGAAACCGACUGAAGCGGAUAACACCCUCCUCGAUCUUCAUAACUUCUUUAUGUCACGAGAGGACCGUAUUUUAUCAGGAUUGUUCCAUUAUUCACUUAAAAUAUUUACAAGCUCAUAAAGUAUUAUUACCCUUGUGUAGACUAUUUCCUUCGAAACAUUUUCUAAAUACACGGUAUUUCAGUAUGCGAAAAGAUAUUUGUUUCGUUCCUUGCACUUGUUCAUUCGGAACAAGUCGACAUUGUUCGAUUGGCUAUUUGUAUUUUCAUGCAAGUCUUUUCUUCUUUCGUUCUCGCUAGGCGUUCGAAGCCUUUCAGACAUUUUGUCAAAUUUUGCACUGUCAAAGCAACUGAGCCAGCGCGCCGCUGUCUUUGCUUGACCUUCUAUAAUAUUUAGUAGUUAUUGAAUAAGGUUUGAGUAUGAUCUGAAGAGAGAGAUGGAGAUCGAGAAGGGUUGGGCCUAAGGGGAUAACGCCCUCUUAGAUCUGCAUAAUUCUUCAGUUCUUACGAAAGCCGAAUCCAAUAGUUUUUGUAUUUAUUCAAAAUAACUCCUAGUUUAAGAAAGCUAAAACAUGCUGGAUCGACGUUAAGUUUAGGUCUUCAUUUGACUGUUUCUUUGAGAGAGAUGUUUACUCUUUGCAGAUAAUACAGCAGAUGUCAUCCGUCGAGAUGUAUUCUUGCUGUUCUUGCUAUGUUUUUCGGCAGUAGUUCGGCUAUUCUUCUUUACGAAAUAUGGGGAAUGUGAUUUCCCCAUUUUUUACUACUCUACCCAAACAACGCAACCUGGUCCCCGGGGUUCCUUGGUUGCAGUCCCUUUUCUAGCGAUUACCCUGUACUAUUGACGUCAUUUUUCGUAUAUCGAGAACUCCAAAUUUGGUCAACGCUAGCUGGUUAUGAAAAAUAGCGUUGAGAUUUGAGCCAAUCAGAAAUGGAAACAUAUUUUGAGUGAAUAAUAACUGCUAUUAUUGGCCGAUUGAAAUAAAUCUUGCAGAGUUGGUCAGCAUUAGCUAAUUACCAAAAAAUUAACGGAAGAAUUAUAAGCAAUUCAGAAACGGCAAAAUAUUUGAACGAACGAUAGUGUAUUAAUUGGGAAAAAUUUCCAAUAAGCUAUGAACUUGUUUAAAGUUGUAUCAAACUCCUUUCUUUAUUGUUUAGAAAUAUGAUGUUCACGACCCAAGAUCGAGACAACGAUGUUCAUGGCUCAAACAUUAACUGUGCAGUAAAGUAUACAGGAGCUUGGUGGUAUAACUACUGUCAUUGUGCAAAUCUAAAUGGUUUAUACCAGGGCGGUGGACAUGCACAAGGAGUCGUUUGGAGUUCUUGGAGAGGCUUCGAGUAUUCUUUAAAAAUAGCAGAGAUGAAAGUUCGACCCAAGACAGCGUAG